GAAAGGGUAGUUAAAACGUAGCUCUUCUGCUUAUUAGAUAACUCCUAGCUGGUAUGCUGGGCCACGGCGAUUGCGAGGGACAUCAACGCUCUGGCUGGACAAACAUUCCCAUUCCCAUUCCCAUUCCCGUCCAUCGGGCAGCACAAGACAACUUCCAACAAGCCAUCUCCGAAAACCUAGGUCCACAACUACAAAAGGCAGUCAUAAUCGGCGAGACUGUUGCGCCCGGAACCUUCUUUCCAACCAAGCUCCAACGAAUUCACGGCGCUUACAAUGGAUGCGCUUAGAAUUACUUGAUGCAAGGUUGCGGAUCGCUUUCUCCCGCGAUUAUUCAGCCCGCUGCGUGCGGCGAUGCGGGGACUCGUCGGGGACCCGAUUUGACGCCCGGCUCGCGGCAACCCGGUGAUGCGUGAGAGUCCAACCCGGGAUUUUGCGAAAGGCGAGCCCGAAAAGCCAUACAGAGACGUCCGGUAAUUUGUCGCGACGAUUGCGCGGAGGCGAAUGCUCCUUUCGGAAUGUAAACGUUCGUAGCCGGUACAUCGCAUCAGAAAGUGGCUAUAAAACCGGGAGACAUCCGGCGUAGAAGCCCAUGUCUGUCCGUCUAUCCGCCAUCGCCUCUCGACAACACAAGCUCUACGAUAACCAUUUCUACAGUGUCAACACAAACCACAAUAAAGCAUCCUACCUUACACACCUUACCGCCAUGGCGUCCACCACUGCCGUUGUCCCCAAGGACCUUCCCACAGAGAUGCAAGCCAUCCUACAGCCCGACAAAGCCUCCACAAAGCUCGUCCAAGGCACUAUCCCCGUCCCCACACCAACCCACCCGGACGAUAUUCUAGUCCGCGUCGUAGCCACCGCCCCCUGCGCCGGCGAACUGCUUUGGGCACGCAACUUCCCCGAACUGAUCCCCGCCGACAAGAUCCCGGUUCCCGGCCAGGAUAUGGCAGGUAUCGUCGUCGCGGCUCCGCAGCACUCGACCUUCAAGCCCGGGGACGAGGUUUACGCACGCAUCGAGGCCACACGGCCGGGUGCCGCUGCAGAGUACACCCUGGCCAAGGAAAGCGAGCUCGCCCUCCGACCACGCUCUGUCGACUGGGCCCACACGGCGGCGACGCCGCUCAGCGCCCUGACGGCGUACCAGGCCCUCUUCACGCAUGGAACGCUCAACCCGGCCGCCCUGCUGGGAGGGCAUAAUAUCUCAAGUGACAAGGCCGCUGCGGUGCGGGCAAACGGGCAGCAGCGGGUGCUCGUGACGGGCGCGUCGGGCGGCGUCGGUAGCUGGGUGGUGCAGCUAGCAGCGGCGGCCGGGGCGGGGGCCGUCGUGGCGGUGGCAGGUCCGGGCAAGGGAGACCUGGUGCGCGAACUGGGCGCAACAGAAGUGGUCGACUACAGUCGCCAGACCAUCGGUCAGUGGGCGGCAGAAGGGAGCGGCGGCGAGCACGGGGUCGACCUGGUGGUUGACUGCAUCGGCGGCACUAGCCUGGCAGCAUCGUGGGCGGCAGUCAAGGACGGCGGGCUGAUUGUCAGCAUCGUCAGCAGCCCGGAAGCAGCGAGGCCGGCAGGGGGGCAGGCCGGCAACUCUGCCAAGGCUGCAAAAGGACUCUUCUUUGUCGUCGAGGCGCUGGGGUCGCAACUGAAGGACAUAGCGAGGCUCGUCGACGCCAAGGUGGCGCGGCCCUUGGUCGACAGCGUCUGGGGUUUCAACGAGUUCGAGAAGGCAUUCGGACGGCUGGAAGGAGGGCACGUGAGGGGCAAGAUCGUUAUGCAGGUGGACGGGUCCUUGGAGUGAGGCUGAGGUGUGUGGUGUGGUAGUACUCAGGCGGCAGUCAUGAUCAGAUCAAGUUUCGAGGCUAGCUUCGAUGCUUCGAGGGGCGUAAUCUAGAAAUGCAGAGUCAUUUUUCUUCGGGCGGACAGUCCGAAACCGGCACAAUAGCACGAGCGUGGCACCUGGC